UGUGUGGUAUCAAAAUGGUGGACAAAUACAGUUUCGUUACUUAAAUCGCGAAAUUACUACUUAUAUUCUUUUAACAAUAAUUGACAUACAUCAAAAUGAUGACAUAAACUACUUAACAAUAAUUUUCAAUCAUGGAAAGUGACGAAGAUCACGUACAAACUUUGCUAAGCAUGGGGUUCCCCAGCGAACUUGACAUUCGAAAAGCUUUGCGCCUAGCAAAGAACAGUUUAAAUGACGCCGUUGCAAUAUUGACUAAUGAUCAUCCUACUACUAGUUUUGACACUCUCGAUGAUAUUGAAAUGAAAGAUUUGGCAAAAGGUUCAACCAACCCAGUGUAUGGUCCAAAUCUACCAAGCUACAGUGACAGUUCUGAAACUGAGAAGGAGAUGGUAGAAGCAAUGGAAGAUUCCUCAGAUGCGGUUCAAGAAGAAGUAAACCCAUAUGAAUUCCCAGUAACCAACUUGUAUGAGCUAGAGGGCAGGGUUUUUGCAGAACAUUGGUCAAUACCUUACAAGAAAGAGGAAUCACUAGGGAAAUGUUUGAUAGCAGCUGCCAAUCUUGCAGAAGCAGGGCUAAUGGAUAAUGAUGAAAACUGUUCAAGAUUUGUGAAUCGAGUUAUGACUGAGUCUUUUCAGAAGUUGCUGACUUCCAAUGCUGUACACCGAUGGAGCACGGACAUCCAUGAAGGCAUCUUCAACAUGCUGCAGCUGCUGGUGGAUCUGUGUGUGGCCAGGCUUAAGCAGCAGCCAGUGCACCAGCUUCUCAUGGACAUACUUGCCAUGAAAUGUAUGAUUUAG